CUCUUCCAGAAACGCCCGUCAAGUUUAUCCUUCAAGGUGGCAUCCGCCUCUCUCUUCUGGGUUUAGGCGAAAGAAACCUCGAACUCAACUGUUGCUCAAAUCUCUCUCUCUCUCUCUCUCUCUCUCUCUCUCUCUAUGAUGCGCAACAUUGAAGCACCAAUUACCAUUGCUACUUAUUUUCCAACUCAGUAGACUCUCUCUCUCUCUUUCUCUCUCUCUCUCAACAUUCAUGUAUUUCACUCUCACUCCCACUUUUUCUUCCACCACAUCCCUCAUCCCUCUCCUCUCUCUUUCCCACCAAAACCCCAUCUUCAAUUUCCACUCCUUCCCCCCCAAACACCAUCGCCGUCGUCAACAAAUUCGAAGAAUUUCAUUCAAAUCUUCUUCACAUAAACCCCCCAAACCCCUCCCACCACCACCACCCACCGCUACCAAACGCCCAGACUCUCCCAUAACCUCAAACCACCAAAACCAAGAUGACAAUAGAAUCAACACUAACACACUCAUCACGUACAUUGCUAAGCCAAUUGUGUUCACAUUGUUUUGUUUGGCAAUUGGGUUUUGCCCAUUUCGAACUGGGUUUCAAUUACAAUUGCCUGCAAUCGCUGCCCCUUUGGCGGGCGAAGUAGUGUCAAAGAGGGCGAAGAGUAAAGAAAAAGUAGUGUUGAAAAAUAAGGAUCACGAGUACUCGGAUUUUACUCGAAGGUUAUUGGGUACGCUGGCGGGGUUAAUUAGGAAUAUAGAGGAGGUUAGGUUAGGUAAUGGGGAUUUAAAGGCUGUUGAGGCGGCGUUGAGGGAGGUUAAGUCGAAAAAGAGGGAGUUGCAAGAGGAGAUUAUGAAUGGACUUUAUGCAGAGUUGAGGGAAUUGAAAGGUGAGAAAGAGAAGUUGGUUAAGCAGUCCGAGGAAAUUCUUGAUUUGGUGUCGAAGGCGAAGAGGGAACAAGAGAGUUUGUUGAGGAGUGGUGGUGAUGAUGGGAAGGAGGCGAAGGAACGGAUAGCUAAAUUGGAGGAGGAAAUGGAAAGUGGUGAGAAGGAGUACAAUGGGAUAUGGGAGAAAGUUGGUGAGAUUGAGGAUCGGAUUUUGAGGAGAGAGACCAUGGCUCUAAGCAUUGGUGUAAGGGAGCUUUCAUUUAUUGACAGAGAAAGUGUACUCUUGGUGGAGAACUUUAAACGGGAGAUGAGGCGGCAAAGCAAAGAGAGUGUGCCAAAAAGCCCUCUGACUAAACUCUCUAGAUCUGACAUUCAGAAAGAACUGCAAAGUGCAACGAGACAAUUCUGGGAGCAGAUGAUUCUGCCAAGUGUUUUGGAAGCUGAGGACAUUGGAUAUCCAUUUGAUCAAAAUUCAAUGGAAUUUGCUCAACGAAUAAAACAAGCUCUUACAUAUUCAAGAGAGCUGCAAAGCAAUAUGGAGGCUGGAAUAAGAAAGAAUAUGAAGAGGUCUGGUGAUGAAAAGGCUUUUGUUGUAAACACACCUGUGGAUGAGGUUUUGAAGGGCUUUCCAGAAGUUGAAUUGAAGUGGAUGUUUGGGAGUAAGGAGGUUGUGGUUCCUAAAGCUGUUAGCCUCCACUUGUUUCAUGGUUGGAAGAAGUGGCGAGAAGAAUCUAAGGCAGAACUCAAACGAAACUUGUUGGAAAAUGUUGACUUUGGUAAAAAGUAUGUGGCAGAAAGACAGGAACGUAUUCUUCUGGAUCGAGAUAGAGUGGAAGCAAAAACUUGGUAUAAUGAAGAAAAGAAUAGGUGGGAAAUGGAUCCAAUGGCUGUUCCUUAUGCUGUGUCCAGGAAGCUUGUAGAGAAUGCCCGAAUCAGGCAUGAUUGGGCAGCCAUGUAUGUUGCACUGAAGGGAGAUAACAAGGAAUACUUUGUUGAUAUUAAGGAGUUCGAAAUGUUAUUUGAAGACUUUGGAGGGUUUGAUGGGUUGUAUUUGAGAAUGCUUGCCUCUGGUAUUCCAACUGCUGUUCAGCUCAUGUGGAUCCCUUUCUCAGAUUUGGAUUUUCAACAACAGUUUCUCUUGAUAAUGAGGCUUUCUCAACAAUCCUUGACUGGCUUGUGGAAUACUAGAAUUGUAUCAUAUGCAAGAGAGUGGCUUUUGGAGAAAAUCAGAAAUAUAAAUGAUGACAUAAUGAUGAUGAUUGUUUUUCCCCUUGUGGAGUUCAUUAUCCCUUUCCCAGUGAGGAUGCAGUUAGGAAUGGCUUGGCCUGAGUUUACAGAUCAGUCUGUGGGCUCAACAUGGUACUUGAAAUGGCAGUCUGAGGCAGAAAUGAGUUUUAAAUCCAGGCAAACAGAUGAUGACAUUCGAUGGUUUCUGUGGUUUUUAAUUAGAAGCUUUAUAUAUGGAUAUGUUUUGUUUCAUUUAUUUCGAUUUGUGAAAAGAAAAGUUCCAAGGCUUCUUGGUUAUGGACCUUUACGUAGAAAUCCGAACGUGCGGAAGCUGCGGAGAGUGAAAGCUUAUUUUAAAUAUAGAGUGAAGAGAAUAAAACGUAAGAGGAAGGCUGGUGUCGAUCCUAUAAGUACUGCUUUUGACCAAAUGAAGAGGGUGAAGAACCCCCCUAUACGGUUGAAAGACUUUGCAAGUGUAGAGUCCAUGAGGGAAGAAAUUAAUGAAGUUGUGGCAUUUUUGCAAAAUCCUAGAGCAUUUCAAGAAAUGGGAGCCCGUGCCCCUCGGGGAGUUCUUAUUGUAGGUGAGAGGGGGACUGGGAAGACGUCCCUGGCACUGGCUAUUGCUGCAGAAGCAAAAGUUCCUGUUGUUAAAGUUGAAGCCCAACAGCUGGAAGCUGGGCUAUGGGUUGGCCAAAGUGCAUCGAAUAUUAGGGAAUUGUUUCAAACAGCUAGGGAUCUGGCACCUGUAAUCAUAUUUGUGGAGGAUUUUGACCUCUUUGCUGGGGUUCGUGGCAAGUUUAUUCACACCAAAAAGCAGGACCAUGAGGCUUUUAUCAAUCAACUUCUUGUAGAACUUGACGGGUUUGAGAAACAAGAUGGGGUGGUUUUAAUGGCUACCACUCGAAAUCUCAAGCAAAUUGAUGAGGCCUUACAGCGUCCUGGUCGAAUGGAUAGAGUAUUUCAACUUCAACGGCCAACUCAAACAGAAAGGGAGAAGAUAUUGCGGAAUGCUGCAAAAGAAACUAUGGAUGAGGAACUCAUUGAUUUUGUAGAUUGGAGGAAGGUUGCUGAGAAAACAGCUCUUCUACGUCCGAUAGAACUCAAGCUCGUUCCUGUGGCCUUGGAAGGUAGUGCCUUUAGAAGCAAAUUUCUCGACACGGAUGAGCUUAUGAGCUAUGUAAGCUGGUUUGCGACUUUCAGUUGUGUUGUCCCCAAAUGGGUGCGGAAAACGAACAUAGUGAAGACGAUAACCAGAAUGCUUGUCAAUCAUCUCGGAUUGACAUUGACGAAACAGGAUUUGCAGAAUGUGGUUGAUCUGAUGGAACCAUAUGGACAAAUAAGCAAUGGAGUAGAACUACUAAAUCCUCCUCUUGAAUGGACGAGGGAGACCAAAUUUCCACAUGCUGUCUGGGCUGCUGGUCGUGGGCUCAUUACUCUUUUGCUACCGAACUUUGAUGUCGUUGACAAUCUAUGGCUUGAGCCUUUUUCUUGGGAGGGAAUUGGAUGCAUGAAGGUUACUAAGGCUAAAAGUGAAGGUUCCAUAAAUGGAAAUGUUGAAUCAAGAUCUUACCUUGAAAAGAAACUUGUGUUUUGUUUCGGUUCAUAUAUUUCAGCUCAAUUGCUACUUCCUUUUGGAGAAGAAAAUAUUCUUUCCUAUUCAGAUUUGAAGCAGGCACAGGAGAUAGCUACACGUAUGGUGAUUCAAUAUGGGUGGGGGCCUGAUGACAGUCCAACAAUUUAUCACCAUGGAAAUGCGGAGACAGUUUUGUGUAUGGGGAACAACCAUGAGCAUGAGAUGGCGGCUAAAGUCGAAAAGAUAUUUGAUUUAGCGUAUGAUAAAGCGAAAAAGAUGCUUCAGAAUAACCGUCAAGUGCUUGAGAAGAUUGUGGAGGAAUUGCUUGAGUUUGAAAUCUUGACAGGAAAGCAGGAUUUAGAAAGAAUUUUUGCAGCAAAUAGUGGGAUUCCGGAGAAAGAACCAUUUUUCCUUUCAAAUGUUCAUGAAGAGCCUGUGUUUAGCAGCAUUCUUGAAAAUGGGAGUGUGCCGGGAGCUGCUCUUUUAAAUGCAGCAAACUAAGAUUUCAGGGUUGAAAUGUAGGCCGAAAGCUUUAGUUGUUGAGACAUAUUCAAGUCAUUACAUCGACAUUUUUGAACAGAUAGAUUAGCUGAACGCUUCAGUUGUUGAGACAUUCAAGUCAUUUCAUCGACAUUAUUGAGCAAGGAGAGAUUAUCUUUACAGGGUUGAGAGACAGAGACUCUGUUGCAAAGCAUCCAAGGAGAGCCUGAGCCACCAUCUGCAUCCUGAAUCCACCGUGAUUAUGCAGCAUUAACAAGCCCGGUCCAGCAAGAUAAAGAGUUUGAAGCACUGAAGACCAGAUGCAUUGCAUCUCCUUGGUAAAUCAGUUUCAAAACCUCUUGAGAAUUUGAUCCGACAAUCACUUUUGCGAAGCCCUGGUUUUGAGCCAGCCAUACCUUCUAUAGUGUGGUGGUGUUGUUUCACCUUCUCUACCUUCGUCUUUUUGUAUUUUUUACCUGAGAUUCCCCCUCACAUUUCAGAAGUUUCAUUAUAGUUUGUACACAAUCCAUGGUAUAGAGGGACUCGAAGUUUUGGUAUUUGAAUUCGAGCAUGGAAUCAUAGAAAAGGAUAUAGGGUUGUCCUGGAAUUUCCAAUGGAAUUAAGAAUGUGUAUGUAUAAAUAUGGGCUUGUUAUUGUGCUCAUAUUGGCUAAUAUAAUGGUGUUGUUCCCGUGCAUUUUUUUUAGAAAAAAAA